GGAGAAGAAGAAGGAGAAUCCCAAAUUCCAACCCUACAACUCCACUAGCCUCCAGCCAUGGCGACCUCCCGCGCCGCCAAGCGCCCCAAGCUCGAUUCCUCCUCCGGGCCGCAGCGUGGGGACGACGACUACGUGCCUGGCAACAUCGUCGAGAUCGAGCUCUUCAACUUCAUGACCUACGACCAUCUCACCUGCCGUCCCGGUCCCCGCCUCAACCUCGUCGUUGGCCCCAACGGCUCCGGCAAGAGCUCCCUCGUCUGCGCCAUCGCCCUCGCCCUCGCGGCCGACCCCAGCAUUCUUGGGAGGGCAUCCAGCGUCGGUGCCUUCGUCAAGAGGGGAGAGGAGUCCGGCCAUGUCAAGAUUUCGCUCCGCGGCAGUACACCCGACCACAAGGUCUGCAUCACAAGGAAGAUCGAUACUAACAACAAAUCCGAGUGGCAGCUCGAUGGCACCACAGUCCCCAAAAAAGAUGUCAUUGAUCUCAUCAAGAAAUUCAAUAUUCAAGUCAACAACUUAACCCAGUUCCUGCCACAGGACAGGGUCUGUGAAUUUGCUAAGUUGACACCUAUUCAACUACUAAUAGAAACUGAAAAGGCUGUUGGCGAUCCUAAUCUGCCUGUUCAGCAUAGUCUGCUUAUAGACAGGAGUAAGGAUUUGAAGAAUCUUGAAGUGGCUGUAAAGCAAAAGGAGCAGACUUUGAAUAAUCUAAAGGCCCUCAAUGCUGAACUAGAAAAAGAUGUUGAACGUGUCCGGCAGAGAGACAAACUACUGAGAAAGGCUGACUUAAUGAAGAAAAAGCUGCCAUGGCUAAAAUAUGACAUGAAGAAGAAAGAAUACAUGGAAGCACAGGAGAAGGAGAAAACUGAGAAGAAAAUAAUGGAGCAAGCAGCGAAAAUGUGGGAACAUUCAAAAGUUCCUGUCGAAGAACUCAAGAAAAAGAAAAUGUCUCAUACUUUAAGUACAAAAAGGAUAAACAACCAUAUGGCAGAAAACAUGAAGAGGCGCCAAGAUGUUACAGACAAGGAACUGCAACUGAAUGGACAAUUGAGAGCUACACUGGAGGACAUAGAAGAUCUGAAAAGACAAGAAAGAUCUCGUCAGCAAAGGAUCUUGAAGGCUAAGGAAGCUCUUGCUGCUGCUGAGAGGGAACUUGAUGAUCUGGAACCAUAUGAAGCACCUAAAGCUGAAAUGUUUCAACUCACAGAGGAAAUUGCACGAGUGACUUGUGAUAUAAAUGAACUAAAAAAGAAAAAGACAGAUAUGGAGUCUCAGUUAGUUCGGGAGAGAGAAAAUCUGAGGAACUGCUCUGAUAGGUUGAAGCAAAUGGAAAAUAAAAACAAUAAGCUGCUCCAAGCAUUGCAGUAUUCUGGUGCAGAGAAAAUCAAUGAAGCAUACAACUGGGUGCAAGACAAUAAACACAUGUUCAGGACAGAAGUUUAUGGACCUGUUCUCCUCGAGGUAAAUAUCCAGGAUAAGGUUCAUGCAUCGUACUUGGAAGGCCAUGUCCCAAGCUAUAUAUGGAAGUCAUUCAUUACUCAGGAUGCUUCCGACCGUGAUCUUUUGGUUAGACAGAUGAAGCAAUAUGAUAUUCCUGUUCUGAACUACAUGGGGGACAAAGGCAUGAGGAGAGAACCAUUCAAUAUUACUGUGGAGAUGCAACAAGUUGGGAUCUACUCACGGCUUGAUCAAGUUCUUGAAGCUCCUCCUGCCGUGAAAGAUGUUUUAAUUAGUCAGGCUAAUUUGGACCGAUCGUAUAUAGGUACGGAUGAAACACAUAACAGAGCAGAUGAUGUACCAAAGCUAGGCAUCUCUGACUUUUGGACCCCAGAUAACCACUAUCGGUGGUCCAGAUCAAGAUAUGGUGGUCAUUUGUCAGCAUUUGUAGAUGCUGUCAAUCCUUCCCGUCUUUUUAUGUGCAAUUUAGAUGUUAUUGACACUGAAAGGCUUCGUUCUCAAAAGGAUAAGCAUAUCAAAGAUAUUGAAGGUAUGGAUGAAUGCUUAAAGAAGCUUCUGAAGGAACAGAGGCAAUUAGAAGAUGAAGCAGCAAAAAUUCGCAGGAAAAAGGAAGAGAUUACAGACACAAUGAUGUUUGAGAAGAAGAAGCAAGAAGAAAUACGGAGACGUGUUGAUAUUAAAAGAAGAAUGUUGGAGAAUAUAUAUAAAGAGGAAGAUAUGGAGUCAAGCAAAAGAAAGUUUGUUGAUCAGGUGGCAAAGUUAAAUGACCAGCGGUUUGAAUUAGUGCUAAAACUCAAGGAUCUACUUAUUGAAGCUGUUGCUCUCAAAUGGAGUUGCGCACAAAAGAACAUGGUUUCCAUUGAGCUUGAUACAAAGAUAUGGGAGAUGGAAAAGGAUGUGAAGAAACUUGAAAAAGAUGCUGUUGAAGCUGCUAAAGAAUUUGAAAACUGUAAAAGAAAAACUCAAGAGCAUAAGCACCAGUUGUCUAAUGCAAAACAGCAUGCGGAGUCAAUAGCUAUGAUCACCGAAGACCUUGCAAAAAAGUUUCUUGAGAUGCCUACUACCAUAGAAGAACUGGAUUGUGCAAUUCAAGAUACUGAAUCUGAAGCGAAUUCUAUGCUUUUUCUUAAUCAAAAUGUUUUAAUGGAGUAUCAAAGCCGUCAGCGUGAGAUAGAAUCGAUAUCCGAAAAGCUGAAAGAUGAUAAAGGAGAAUGUCAAAGAUGCUACUCUGAUAUAGAGACCACAAAGGGUAAAUGGCUCCCAACUCUGCGCACUCUUGUUUCAAAAAUAAACAGCACUUUUAGUCGUAACUUUCAAGAAAUGGCUGUUGCUGGAGAAGUUUCACUUGAUGAACAUGGUCUUGAUUUUGAGCGAUAUGGCAUCCUUAUAAAGGUCAAGUUUAGGCAAACAGGUCAGUUGCAGGUGCUGAGCUCCCAUCACCAAUCUGGAGGGGAGCGAUCAGUUUCGACCAUACUGUACCUUGUAUCACUUCAAGAUCUUACCAACUGCCCCUUUCGGGUCGUUGAUGAGAUAAAUCAAGGAAUGGAUCCCGUAAACGAGAGGAAGAUGUUCCAGCAGCUUGUCAGAGCUGCCAGUCAACCAAAAACACCACAGUGCUUCCUUCUGACGCCCAAGUUGCUGCCUGAUCUGGAAUAUAGUGAUGCUUGCAGCAUCCUGAAUAUCAUGAAUGGCCCAUGGAUUGAGAAGCCAGCUAAAGCCUGGAGCACCGGAGAUUGCUGGAGAACAGUAAUGAGCGUGAGUGGGCAUUAAUGAUCAAAUACGGUUUUGAGUAACGCACUCAACAAGUGGAUUUGUCCGAAGUCAAUAGUCUUACGCGUAAGCUUUUGGCCAGUUAAUGUUAUGUUUGCUUCUACUCCAUGUAGAUAUAUUAAGUCCAGAACCAGAAGCUCCUAUUACCAAUGUGCUGGGCUGCUGCUAGCUACCUGCUUUUAUUUUGUGUUCUGUUUAUUGCAGUGGUGGUUUAUACA